AAACAGCAAGAGUUGGGCCUCUUGUCUUUCAGUCCCCUCCUUCACCUCUUUCUCACAUGCAAUUUGCAACACCAGCCUUUGCUUACCAUGAGGCUGGAGAUGGCUGACCAUUCACAGUCUGUACCAGUGGGCCAAAGAAGGCUAAGUUAUUUUAAUUCCAUUGUUUCCAUCUAUAUUUUAUGCAAUAACUUCAGCCAGCAAAGUGACAGAAACAUCCAAAGGCAAGGCUCCUGUCCACUUAAGGGGUCUGGUGAAGAGUGAACCCUGGUUAAAGGGCCUCUGGUGGCUCAGCAGACUAAGUCUGUCUGUUAUUAACACAGCUGCUUGCAAUUACUGCAAGUUCAAGUCCCACCAGGCCCAAGGUUGACUCAGCCUUCCAUCCUUUAUAAGGUAGGUAAAAUGAGGACCCAGAUUGUUGGGGGCAAUAAAAGUUUGACUUUGUAUAUAAUAUACAAAUGGAUGAAGACUAUUGCUUAACACUGUGUAAGCCGCCCUGAAUCUUCGGAGAAGGGUGGGAUAUAAAUUCAAAUAAAAAAAAUAAAUGCACUAUAUAAAUAUAUAUAUUAAAAUAAUAACCCUCCACCCACCCCUGGAGACAACACAAUUCAUACGAAUCGCUUAAUGGGCUUCAUCCUGGUCUGAAUUUCCCAGACAGAACCACAUCUUUAGGGCCUUCCAGAAGAUGUCCGAGUGGGGGACAGUCUAAUUUCUGGGGAAAAGGGCGAGGUGGGUUUCAGCAGGUUCUGACCAGUUCUGGAGAACCGGUAGCGAGAGUAGUUUGGAGAACCGGUAAAUACCGCCCCACCCCCAUCUAUUCUCUACCUCCUGAGUCCCAGCUGAUCAGGAGAAAAUGGGGAUUUUGCAGUAACCUUCCCUUGCCACUGUCACCAAGCCAUGCCCACAGAACCGGUAGUAAAAAAAAUUGAAAUCCACCACUGGAACAAGGAUGAUGUUCCAGAGAGAGGGAGCCACCAUGGAGAGGGCCCUUCUUCUGGGUCCCACCAGAUGUAUCUCCUUCGGGGACUGGACCUGCAACAUUUCUUGCCUCCCCAUGUAGUGGGUGAGGUAGAUGUUACAAAAGACGGUCCCUCAAAAUAACCUGGUCCCAAGCCACUUCCACCUUUUUCCCCACCGUGAGAUACUCCCUUCUUGCAUUCGGCCUAAGCCGGCUGUCAGAAAUGACCUUGCAGGAGAGCUUUUUCUAGUUGGGAACUGACCCGCCAGGAGAGAAGCAGAGAAACCUCGCCGCUCGCCCUCCCCUUCCUCGGCUUGGCAGCCACCGCAGCGAGGUCAGGAGGCAGAUCGCGGGGGCCUAAAGGCGCGCUGGGCGCUUCCCCCCUCCCUUUAUUAGCCGGGACGAGUAGUUUCCCCAAGGGUGUUUUUGGUGCAGGGACGGAGCACAGCGCCUGUGUUUCGCGGGACUCUUCCUCCACCCCUCCCCACUUUUGACCUCGUGCUUCUGCUCUCCUCGGGGAAUCUCCUCCACCGAGCAGAGCAGGGACGUUCCGCUGGCGCCCUGAGCGGCCUCUCCAGUCAUUGCAGGGGGGACGCCGUGGCGCUCCCGCAGUUUUAGGCAGGGGACGGGCUUCCAUGCAUUCCCCGAAGCCGCCGGCCAGCGCGAGGUUAGCUAAACCCCUCGGAGCGGCAAGAAAGGCGCCAAUUCGCGUUCUCCCCGCGAAUCGCCAGCCUUAGACUCGCUCUCUUGGAAGGGAGCUUUACGGCUUCCUUCCCAGCUGGAGAAGACAGGGGGCGGGGUAAUUCAAGCUGCCGCCGCCGCUUAUCCUCCAUGGGAGGAGCCCCGUCAGAAGACUUGUGCCUCUGCCUUUUCUCAGGCCGUUGCCGGAGCGAAGGCGGCGUGUCGAUGAGGGGACGCUGAGAGCCCGAGCUGCAGCAGAGUUUGCGGGUCGUCAGCCCUGCGCCAAACUCCAGGCGAGCUGCGCUGCGCUGUGCUGCUUUCUUGUUGACGGAGCCCGAUUGACGGACGAUCCCGGCGGCUUCUGAUGGGAGCGGAAGAUAAGGAGGCUGCAAAAUGUGCGCCUCGGUUCCGUGGACCUUUGCUAGGGAGAGGGGUUUGCCGAGGAUGCCGGACCGACCUGACCUUCCUUGAGAGGCGGAACUGUCCGGAGAAGUCCAGUUGGCCUAGUAGCGUCCUAUCAGGCCGUCAUUGAACGUCAGUAAGAAAGCUGGGAGAACAUUCGGAGCGAGAGGGAAUCGGACCGGUACAAGGCUAGGCGCUACAAGCAGCCAAGCACGGAGACUCGGAGAAGUGACCUUUGCAAUCCCACACUGGGGUAAAGCCCGAGGAAAGGACCGUUCGUGCCCUAAAGGGAUAUAAGACGUACCCUUUAAAAAGUUCUGGGCUCUAGAAUGCCUCGUCUGACUGGCAGCUCUCCAGAGUCUGAAACCAAGAGCUUACAAAUGAAAGAACACAGAACAUAAAGUAAUAGAGUUGGAAGCAACCUUGUGGGGGAUCCCUUAAUGAUCAUUAAGAACUCUUAAUGAUCGUUUUGCCUUGAGAUACCAGUGAUUGAAAUGGUGGCCUUCUGCAUGCCAAAGCAGCACUUCAGCCAGUAACUGGUGUAAUUUGAAGUAGUCACCAUGGAUCGUGACAUUGCUGACCAGCAUCUCAGUGUCAUAAGAAAUCCAUCUGGGUGGGAAAUAGGUGUCUAUAUUACUGGUGCUCUUGCUCUCCUGGGAAUAGCUGGAGUAAACCUAUGGAAGUUAUGGAAAUCGGGUGGCUAUCCUGCACCUUCUCCAUUUCCAAACUAUGACUACAGAUACCUAGAACAAAAGUAUGGGUCCACAUAUUCUCAAAUCAAACAAAAGAGGGCAACAGGCAACUUCCGAAAGGCAGGAGAAAGAAUAUCUCCUGUCUGCAAGCAAAGCUUGAAAAUGGAUGAUGCCUUUGAAAAUAUUAAUGAGUUGGGCACCCUGGAGCUGAUGAACAAAGACCUCGAGCUGACACCUUAUGGGCCAUUGAGAAAAUCAAUCUCCACUGACUCUCUAACUUCUGUCUCCUCCAUUGGAAAUAACUUUGGUCAGGAGUUCACAGUGGGACAAAUCGAAGUUAACAUGGAAUACAAUGUGAAUUCAAAUACCCUGUAUGUCACUUUGCUCCAGGGAAAAGAUCUGAUGGAGAAGGAAGAUGUUAAUUUUGAAUCCUGUUUUGUGCGCAUCAGUUUACUUCCAGAUGAGCAGAUUGUUGGCAUUUCUAGGAUCCAAAGAAGUGCUUACUCGGUCUUCUUUGAUGAGAAGUUUUCCAUUCCCUUGGAUCCUUCCACGUUGGAGGAAAACAGCUUGAGAUUCUCUGUUUUUGGCAUUGAUGAGGAUGAGAGAAACAUUAGCACUGGUGUGGCUGAGCUGAAGUUAUCUGACUUGGGUAUCUUUGUCCGCCCUUUCAACGCCUGGCUUUAUCUGCAAGACAUGAAUAAGGCAACUGAUUCGGUGGGUGAAAUCCUGCUGUGUCUUAGCUAUUUACCCACAGCAGAGCGAUUGACUGUAGUUGUGGUUAAAGCCAAGAAUCUUGUGUGGACUAAUGGAAAAAUGACUGCAGAUCCUUUUGUCAAAGUAUACUUGCUGCAAGAUGGGAGGAAGAUCAGCAAGAAAAAAACUGCAGUAAAGAGAGAUGACACAAAUCCAGUGUUUAAUGAGGCCAUGAUUUUUUCCGUGCCAGCAAUUGUCCUGCAGGAACUGUCUCUUCGGGUGACAGUCGCACAAUGCUGUGAAGAUGGGAGAGCUGAAAAUAUUGGCCAUGUUGUCAUUGGCCCGGCUGCAGGAGGCAUGGGCAUCACUCACUGGAAUCAAAUGUUGGCUACCUUGAGAAAACCUAUAUCUAUGUGGCACCCACUUCGACAAAGCUAAGGGCGUACCUGCACCUCACCAAAAGUAAUCCAACACGGUGCUUAAAUAAAUAACUUCAGGAGGCUGAUGCUAUUGGAACAAUGAAUUUGUGAGAUCAUAAGAGUUAAAAAAAAUCUAAAUAUUCCUCACAAAUAAUAAUAGCAGUGACAGAUGAUUAUGUGAUGAUGGGUUGCCAAAUGAGACUACCCAAGCCUUGAAAAAGAAUCAUAGCUAAAACAAUAAGAGAAGAAGAUAUAUAAAUACAGAGGGAUGCUCGGUAGCUGGUGGACAAAUAAGGUAGUCUUUUGAUUCCGUCAUUCUAACAUCACCAACUUGGAGAGCCAAUUAUUCUUGAAGUUCUUUCACACUGAGUCUUGCAUUUUUACAUUAUUUUUCUCUAUUGAAGAAGACUUAAAAGGAAAGCUUAUAGUAUUUUAUGCAUUUGACUUCACCUAUGUUUCAGACAUGUUGACUUGGAAGUCAGAUUCUUGGGAGUGAAUGGGUCCUGCCUUGAUAUAAAUGUAUAUGGAUCACAAUUUUAUACUUCGUUCCUUCUCACAUUUGUUGGGAAUCAAGUCUUGAUUAUUUCAGAUAAAUUUGGGCAAAAUUACUUCCAACUGAAGUUGCUUAAGUCACAUUUUUUGGCAACCAUUGUCACAUGUGUCUUAUCAUGGUUGAGAUUCAAGUACUGUUAUCCUGUUUGCCUGUUUUGGAGAAGAAAACUCAUGAAAGGCUCAUAUUUGAGUAAAUAAUUGACAGAGUGAACUUUUACAAAGAUGUGCAUCAUUAGAUAUAUGGACAACUGCUUGCUGUAAAAACUCAACAAAUUUGCUUUGAAGAUUCACAAAUCUUUCUCCUCUCUUUGAAUUAUGGUAAAAAUGUAAUCCCAUAGAGCACAGCACCAUCACACAGAUGACCUCUGCUCAUUCAAUACCUACCUGGGCUCUGGUGUGGUCCUGUUUAGUUCCAAUGUCCAAUAGGAACAUUAUCGUCACAGAGGAUGCAAUAUUGUGCUUAUCUACUGAAAUGUAAAUUCACUGGGCCUUAUUUUAUACAUAUGGUAUAGAAUUGAAUAACCAAUGGACUUUUCCUUCCCCUUUUCACCAUUUAUGAGCAAUUGGAGACCAGCCUGUCUAUAAAGUGUGAAUGCUUUAUUUAUUCAUUUUACGUGUACUUGACCUCAAAAAGCAGUUGAGAUCAUGCAGGGCAGAAGAAAAGAGGAAGUAGAGUGGAUUCAGAUAUAUUGUGCAUGACAGAACCAUCCUUAAUAUUGGAAAUUUGACAGGGUGAUUCGUAAUUCAAGGCCACAUCAGUCAUAGGACACUAAAUAUUUGUAUUUUGAGAAAUAGAGAAUGGCAGCUUGAAAAAUAAAAAUGAAAUUGAGUAAAACAAAGGGAAAUUCUAUGGCAAAAUAUUUCAUGGUUACUCAAAACAUUGUGGAUGAUGUGUUUGCACCCAAAAGUAAGUCACUUUUGG